CAAUCCUUGCCCUUGUAUUGUCAUGGCUCCUGGCCGACCACGCUCCCUGCGUAGUUUUGCAUUCGGUUCUUCCAAACGAAACCCUUCUCCAGAUGCCCGCAGUCCAUCACCGACGUUUUCAGAAACAACCAAUAUCUCUGGCAUGAAUUUCGGGGCAAACGGUCCAACGAAGAUCAUUACAAGGGCAAACUUGAAAGCUAGUCUACAGGCUUAUGAACGACUGAUGGAUACGUGUAGUGAAUACCGACAAGCACUCAUCGGGCUAUCGAGAGCAACAGCUGCUUUUGCAGAUGCAAUGGGAGAUUGUAGCGGCUUGAAGGGUCCGUCGUACGAGACAGGGACUCGUUUACAAGCUGCAUCUGGCCUUCAUCACCUCAUAGGGAAUCAUUACCAUGUGCUGGCCGCAACGCUAGACACAAACUUUGAGAAGCCCUUGCGACAACAUCUAGAAACGUAUCGUACAAUUGUCAAUGAACGUUCCGCAUCCUAUGAACGAGCAUUGAAGGAACGAAGUGAUAUCAUUCGACAAACUGAACAAGGGAAUCUGAAUCGGAAGGCCAGAAAUCUUCAAAGUUUUCGAGAAGCAUUAGCGGUGUUGCAACGACAGGUGGACGAACUAGACGAGCUGAAGGUUGCACAUUAUCAUGAGAUCAUUGAACACGAAGAGCAAGUGUGGGAUGUAGUGCAAGGCAAGGUGUGCUUGGUCGUUCGUUCAACCUUGGACGUCUACGACAAAUUCACCUCCAAAGCUUCUGACCCGGUCAUUGAACCUAUGCUUCAAACAGUCCCAGACCCAUUCGACUCCUACGGAAUGUCGCAGUCGGAGGAUCAGAUAUUUAGCAUCUUACCUCCACUGUCUAUUAUGCCCUCUGUUCCCUCCUCUACAUCCACAACUACACCUCUAACGAGAACGCCAGAAUUGGAACAACUUGACAGUUUUCCUGCUUCUGCUAGUAGUGGAAGUUGGAUCCCCGAUAACCCAAACACCAUCGUGUUUCCCACUGAGUCCGCAGAAUGGGCCGAUGUUCCUUCACCUCCCUCGUCCUCCUCCCCACGAGCGGCUUCUCCGACUGGUCACACAACUCGACGGCACUCCACUCCUGGUGCUAUGCCCGGUCAUCCGCGCCGUAAAUCCGAAUCGAAGUUACGGAGUGUUCUUGCCGUGAUUGACGAAACUCGCGGGCGAAACCGUAGCAGUAGCAAAAGUCAAGACGACCCUUCUCCGACCUACGACCGCCCGAGCACCGACAAUAAUGUUGGGUUGAUACAGCCGCAACCUCAGAAGCGUCCUAGCUUUAGCUGGAGUUCACCCUUUUCUUACGGGGCAUCAGCUGAUGACCCACUUCAUGAUGAUACAACUCCUCGCAAUUCGACAGCCAUUAACGAUAGUCCUCCUCUUGUUGGAGAAGUGAAGGAUGAUCAAACUAUACGGGAGACCAACUACGAACCGGUACCUCCUGCGACGUGA